AUGUUUUUCGUAAGACACAAUAUCCUUCUCUUAUUUCUCUUGGCAUGUUUGGCUUUGUUUGUCACGGCCACUCCAGUCAAAGAAGACAAAAAGGUUAAAUCACCACCUCGUAGCCUGAGAACAAUAAAGACACAAAGGUCCGUGUCGGAACGAGAUGUAUGGUCACCAAGAAAGUCAGCAGCACAAAGUACAUCACCUUCAUCUGCUGGAAGCCCUGAUUUUGAAGCGGGAUCUCCGACGAUGUUUUCACCCAAGAGUCCACCAGGAAAGAAUCAAUUUGGAAAAAGUGUUACAUCAAUCGGUGUAGACACAUCUGACAUCUCACCUGAAAAGCAAUUUUCACAAGGUCCAAGGUCAUAUGGCGUUAUCAUAAGAUCAGCAUCAGCUGAGCAAGUGGGAAAGCAAGGUGUCUCGGAACGUUUUUCUUCUUUAGGGAGAAGUUCAUUACAUACAGUCCCAUCGCCGAACCGUUCAGGACCAUCCUCGCCGAACCCUUCUGGACUUUCCUCGCCAAACCGUUCAGGACCUUCUUCGCCAAACCGUUCCGGACCUUCCUCGCCAAACCGUUCAGGACCUUCCUCGCCAAACCGUUCAGGACCUUCCUCGCCAAACCGUUCAGGACCUUCCUCGCCGAAUCGUUCAGAAUCUCCCUCGCCAUCUUUACAUGUCGUUCGAAAGAAGUUGAUAAGAUCAUUAGCUUUCAGAAAAUCGGACGAUACGAUCAUCAAAGCUUUAGUGGCUAAACAUUCAGAAUCACAAGGUUUGCCAAACGGUACACUUUCUCGCAUCAAAACGAAAUUGUUAAGAAAACAAUCUUCGUUUUCUUCAAAUGAAGGUUCUUCUCAUGGUAGUUCUAGUGGAAGGAGCAAUCGUUCAAGAGGCAGUAGCGGCAGUGGCGGUUCAACUAACGGCAAGAAAAAAGAAAGACGAAUUUAUCUCAAAAGACCUUUUGACAAUCUUGGAGAUCAAACACCAAGUCCAAAAUCUAGUAUUUGUAGAAAACCCGGUUGCAAUCACAAGAGUGCAAAAACGUGCAAUCGAAAAGCAGGAAGAAGGUUUUGA